UAUUGUACGUGUCAAAAUCACAACAAAUAAAAUUUUUCUUUUUUGCCGAAAUUACGAUUAUUUUUUGAGAAUAUUAAAUAAACUAUAGAAAAUGGCCACAUUAAAUUUAUUAAAUAUUAAUGUGGACACACUGUUUGAGCAACAUAGCGUGGGCGAAAUCGAUGCUGUGCACAAGAAAAUACAAGAGGUUGUGGAAAACAAAAGGGAGGAGCUUAGGACUAUGGUCGGGGAACGUUAUCGGGACCUAUUAAAAGCUGCCGAUACCAUAACAUCCAUGCAGGAGUCCACCAAGGCUUUGAUAGAACAGGUGGAUAACAUCAAUGUGAACUGUAAAAAUCUCAGUGAACAACAAUUGUUGGGAUUCAAAACAGAAACAGACAGUGCCGGCGAAUUGAAGACACGCAAUGCCAAUAAACAGUUGAACAACUAUUUCAGCACUAUGGUUCAGAUAAAGUUGCUCACUUCAUUGCCAGAAAUGAUUUGGUCUCAAAUAGAUCGUGAACAUUAUUAUGCUGCUACCGAACUUUUCAUCUUUAGUCGCCACAUCAGCACUGGUCUACAAUUGGAUUCGAGUAAUCCUUUAAUGCAAAAAUUGCCAGUGGCCAAGAAGCAAUGGGAAAUAUUAAAGCCCUUCCAUAUGACUAUUAAGCAACAAAUCUUAUGCGCUUUGGAGCGAGAAAAUCUGGGCCCGGAAUUAACGGCCGAUUGUCUUUUGGCUUUGCUGCAGCUAGAUCGAUGUACUUUGGAAACGGCUUUGAAGACAUUUCUAAAUUUACGUUCUGCUGCAUUUUUAAACUGUCUAACAGCCGAGGGGGGCAGAGUGAAGGAGAGAAUUUUGGUUAGUUUAAGGGUGCUUAAUGAUAGUUUGGAUAUGGUUUCAAAGUGCUUUAUGGAUGGUGGCCUUUUGUUUAAGAAACUUGGGGAGCACUCGGAUUCAACUGCUCCCCCAACCAUAGCACGCAUGGACAGUGAUGAUGUACAAUUUGCCCACCUUCUUCCCGAUAUUAUAACCAAUUUCAAACCCAAAUUUGAAGCGAUAAGUUUAAAAAAUGAAUCUGUGGCUAAGUCUUUGGAGGCAUUUCUAGCAGACACCCAACGCAUAGCCGAUAAACAAUUGAAGCAACUUUUUGACUUUGUUACCAACAUGAAUACAAUACAAGAAAUCAAAACAGAAGCCAAUAAUUUGAGAAAGCAAUUGAAUCUAAACGCUUUGGCUACACAAUAUAGUAUAACACAAUCUUUGGACUUUUAUGAAUUGCGCUAUGUGCCUUUGAUAAAUCAACGCAUUCGCAAUAUUAUUGAAGAUAGUUGGACGAGAAGCAUUAAUCAAACAUAUACUGCCGUUGAAAGUGCCAUACAGAGUGGAGAAGUUUUGCCCAAGGCUAGCUAUUCGAUGUGGACAGAGUUUGCCUCAGAUUUGCCCAAUAGUUUGGAUCAGGCUCUGAGUAAAGAUAUGAAAACUAAAAAGUUGUUAAUGAAAUCCAAGGGAUAUGAUGAAAAAAUCUUGCAAAUGGUUACGGAGAACGAUGGUAAUCUGGCAGCCAUCAUAAAGGAGAUGAAUGUGUUAUUGGAAGAACCUACCACAAAAUUGGAGGAUAAGCAAGCCUUGGUGGAGUUUCUUAAGAAUAUAGCUCAACAAAAAAUAACAGAAUUUAUAGCCAAAGUAAAGAAACUGCCUUUAGAUGCCAAGCAAAGAGGGGCUUUACUAUUCGUCAUUCGGUGUUGUUGUGCUCUAGUAGAGCUUAGUCCCCACCUAAAGAUAUGUUUCUGCCAGUCUAGUUCAUGGCGCAAAUUGUUGGGACAAUCUGCAACAUCAAGUAUUUCUCAAGAAAAUUGGCAUAGUAUUUGCAGUUUGUUGGAAGAGGAAGUGUUUCAAUUGUGGCUAAGCCUUUUAAAUGGUAUCUUGGAGGAAUACAAUUGUGAGCGUUACUUGGCUAAGGUGAACACAAGUACGUUGGUUAUGGAAGAUUUUGCGCACUGGGAAAUCAUAAUCUUGGAACAAAAGGACGAACAAGACAUGCCUGUACAGUCCACAUUUCGUAUACCCACUCAGCCUAGAAUAUCUUUGCAAGCCUAUUUUCACAUAUUGAUAAGCACCUUAAAGGAAAUAGUGCCCGAGACCUUGCCCACCAAAGUAUUGCUAACAUUAAAGCAGCUGUUAUUGGACUCCUUUUUGAAGCAUUACAGACAGCUUAGCCAAAACACUGAUACAAAUCCUCUGGGACAAAAUAUUGCUUUACAAUUGUAUUUCGAUCUGAAGUUUUUGCAAAACUCCUUUGAUCUUAGCCGAGAGCAAAAGGAACAGUUUAAUGCCUUGCAAAAUUCCUACAAAGAAUUCAUAGAUCCAUUUGAUUUCGAAUUAUUUUCCUCGCAUUUAAUGACGAAUGUGAAAAGAGCAGUAAUGCGUUACAAUUGUAUACUGGGCGUAUUGACACCUGUGUCAACAAAUGCCGCAAAUCAAAACACAUCCACUGGUGGUGGUACUUUAGCCCAAGAGAAGGAUCCCAAUGUUCUUAGUUUGUGUUCCAGUGGUGCUACUUCACUUUGGUUCCCUCUAUUGCCUGUGGUGACUAACAACAAUGCAACUGUGGCCUCUUCUGCUGACAACAAAAAGGUAUUGAGUACGGAUAGCGAAAAGCCCAGUCCAACGCGUAAGGCUGUCAGCUCUUCCACACAAUCUUCAUCACGCAGAAGUGACUCCAAGAGUAAAUCUGGUGCUGCAUCGUUUUUCGGAGCCAUGUCUCAGGAAUGGUUCCGAUAGUUAAGUGGUAAUACCAUGCUUAGGCAUAGUUAUUAUAAGAAAAUCAUAUUUUUCACAUUGUUAAUUUAUAGCUUUUAAAAAAUAUAUAUAUAUACUAAAAGUA